AUGUGAAAGAAACCAGUGAUGCUGCACAUCGGGCUGCAUAUUACAGUGUUAUCUGUGAGAAAUGAAUCCAGCACUUGCAAGUAACCUUGGAAUGACCCAAGGCAUGCACAUAAAUCAGCUGCUGAGCUGAAACACAUCCACCUGUUCCGUCAUCGCAGGAAUUUAAAAAAAAACAGAAAAAAGAAAAAGAAAGCAGUGGAAAUACUGCCUUUGCUGUGUAACCAAGGCAACUCCUCCCUCAAAAUGCAACAUCACCAAAGCCCCCACUGCGUGAACCGAGCAGGAAAGGAUGCGCUGUCUGCCGCUUACCUGGCUUUAUUAAUAAACCACCCAGUUCACGUGGUCAGCCCAGCCCAGCAUAAUAUUCUGCUACAUAAGCAAGGUAUUUUCGACCGAGGUUUUUUUUUUCUCUCUCUCUCUCAUCCGAGACGGGAGGGAUGCUGCGCUGCUGCUGCUGCUGCUGCCGUUGCUGCUGUGAGAGAGAGAGGUGAGCGCAGUUGGAAAGGCAGGUUUUUUUUCCCCCCCUCGUCCAAAGCUCCUCCUCUGUCGUCGGAGAGCGGAGACCGGUCACAUUUUGCUCAAUGAGAGCAAGAGGGCACUGGAGAGGAUUUCCUAAUUUCAACCUGCUGCCGUGCCGUGCGGCUGUUUUCUCGCCUCUGUCAAAGCAGAGGCUAAUAUGAAGACAUCAUUUGGCAAACCAGACCCUGGAAAGCACCAAGAAUCUUUUCAACUGAUUUGAAGCCGAAGACCAAACCAUGCAUUGUCUCCGGUAAAACCUGCUCCCCACUCUCCCCUCUUCCUACCUAGCCACUGAGAGUGAGGACACUCAAGAACUGCAGAGAGAUGGGUUCAGAUCAACCCUGCAUGGAUACACUAGAGCAAAGGCCCAUAUUGGGCGCUGCCUGUAAGCGGCGGGGCCACCGGUGUCUGCGGAAAAAGCUGAGGCCCGUGCGAAUCUUAGGGUUCGUCUUAAGCCUGGUGGCCAUAAGUGCCGUCUCCUUCUCCUUCAGUGCCUUGACCUGGAGCUCAGGGGGUCUCAGUGAACCAGUGCUCCCCCAGGAGAGUCUCCAUCAGUCAGCCCCCCACAGGACUCUACUUUUCACUCAACACCAGAGGGACCCCAAUGUCUCAGUCGACAUGCCAAUAGCCAUGAAAUCUACAGCAGAUAGCAACGACAGCCAAGGGGAGUACCCGUCAGACCUUUUCUCCCUUGAGGAGAGGCGCCAAGGUGCAGUGGUCCUCCACAUGUUUGGCAUGAUCUACAUGUUCAUUGCCUUAGCCAUAGUGUGUGACGAGUUCUUCGUCCCAGCGCUGACAGUCAUCACAGAGAAGCUGACCAUUUCAGAUGAUGUAGCGGGUGCCACCUUCAUGGCGGCGGGUGGCUCAGCCCCAGAGCUCUUUACCUCCAUCAUCGGGGUCUUCAUCUCGCACAGCAACGUGGGCAUCGGAACCAUCGUGGGCUCAGCUGUCUUUAACAUUCUCUUUGUCAUUGGGAUGUGCGCCAUCUUCUCCAAGGAGAUCCUCAAUUUAACAUGGUGGCCGCUCUUCCGUGAUGUCUCCUUCUACAUUCUGGAUCUGAUCAUGCUCAUCAUCUUCUUCCUGGAUAACUUCAUCUCCAUGUGGGAAAGUAUCACACUGCUCUCAGGCUACGCCGCUUAUGUGAUCUUCAUGAAGUUCAACAGCAAAGUUGAGGGCUUCGUCAAAGGUUGCAUUAACAAGAACCAAGUAGUAGAAGUAGAGGUUCAGCCCAAGGAUGAGAAGGCGAGUCCUGGGGCGCCAGAGGAUGACAGCAAGUUGUCGGCCAGGCCUCGGCUUCAGAGGGGGGGUAGUUCCGCCUCCCUGCACAACAGCUUGAUGAGGAACAGCAUUUUCCAGCUCAUGAUUCAUACGUUGGACCCUUUAAGUGAAGGUAAAUUUCGAGAGAAGGCAUCCAUCCUUCACAAGAUCGCUAAAAAGAAAUGCCAAGUAGAGGACAGUGAGAAGGCCAAUGGAGUAGCAAGCCGUUCAGAUAAGAACCUUCCAAACAGCUCCAGCGUGGAAGUGGAGGUGACACCACCCAUGAAUGGAACCGCAGGGCAAGAAGGGGAAACGGCAGAGGAUGAGGAGGAAGAGGACCAGCCUCUGAGCCUGUCCUGGCCCGAGUCCUGUCGCAAGCGGUUUACCUACCUCUUCAUUAUGCCUAUCGUCCUCCCCCUGUGGCUAACGCUGCCUGAUGUCAGGAAACAGUCGUCAAAGAAGUUCUUCCCCAUCACCUUCCUGGGUGCCAUCGGCUGGAUCGCAGGCUUCUCCUACCUAAUGGUGUGGUGGGCUCACCAGGUUGGAGAGACCAUUGGGAUUACAGAGGAGAUUAUGGGCCUGACUAUAUUAGCAGCUGGAACCUCCAUCCCUGACCUCAUCACCAGUGUUAUUGUGGCACGCAAAGGGCUGGGUGAUAUGGCUGUAUCCAGCUCCGUAGGCUCCAACAUCUUCGACAUUACUGUUGGACUGCCGUUCCCCUGGCUCCUGUGGUCCAUUUUCAGCGGCAUGAAACCAGUGCAAGUCAGCUCCAACGGCCUCUUCUGUGCCAUCGUGCUCCUCUUCCUCAUGCUCCUCUUUGUCAUCAUCUCCAUCGCUGCCUGCAAGUGGCGCAUGAGCAAGCUGCUUGGCUUCAUCAUGUUCUUGCUGUAUUUCGUCUUCGUGGUGGUCAGCGUCAUGCUGGAGGACAAGGUCAUUAUCUGUCCGGUGUCCGUCUGAGGACCUACUUCCUCUCCUUCGUCACCACCACCACCACUACCACCACCACCAUCCUUCUUGUCUGCCAUCGCUCUCACCUGACCCUUGUGAUCCUUUACCCCAGGGAUAAAAGAAGAACAUGGAGAACUGGCAAAGAAAAUCAUAUAAAAAUUUGCAAGAAAUAUGGAGUCAACCUAUAUUUUCAGUAAGCAGGUGGUGGCGGGGAGAGGUUAAACCAAGACAAGACGUUGGCUUGGCUGGUUUACUGUAGGCCUAACCUGAGUGGAUUUUUGUUUAUUAUUAUCUAAUUGGCAGGUGAGGGGGGGUUACGGGUGUAUCAGCCAAAUAUAGAAGCAUUAUGCAUGCCAUUAGUAUCACUAAAUCAGCUGGAAUCAAAACUGCGCCGGGUAGGUUGAGGAGAAUGACCUCCUGUGAACUUUGGGGGGAAAAAAACACAAAUCUUAAUAAUAAACGCAUUGGCUGAGCUGAAAUUGUGAGCAUAUUUGUACACACACACACACACACUAGUUCAACAGACUGAUUCUAAGACACUGUUGCCAAGAGUGAAUACAAAUUUAUGGAUGAGGAAAUGGAAGACUGUGCAGAUGAAGAUUUUGUUCAAAACGUUUCCUGUCUGAUGGUAUUGAGCAAAAAGACUCUUCAACAAGGGAUGAAACACUCUUGCUAAGGCAGACAAACUUCUUUAUUUAUUUAUUUUGUUUUUUUUUUGGCAAAUUCAUCUGUGCUCAGUCUGAAUGACAAGUUUAAGCUUCCCCUCUUCCCUGCCGGUUGUCAUUUUUCACCACUGAAUGUCUCUUCAGACAAUUCUUUUUUUUUUUUUUUUUUAACUUUUGGGUUAUUAAACAAUUUUCAUGAAAUAUAUAGAAGUAGCAUUAGAUGUACUGUAGCAGUAUUAGUUGGUGUAGAGUCCUCUUGACAAUCUGCUCCUCCUUUUUUCUUUUUUCCACACGUUCUGAUUGUACAGAACUUUUCAUGCUCACAUGCACCGACUGACAAAGGCAAGGGGGAAAAAAAAGCCUAACUGAAGUUUAGCCUCUCAAAAUAUAUGCUAGCCUUCAAUAUCUUUCACUGGUUGAAAAAAAAGCAUGAGUACUUUAGGCUCUUUAAAGUUCCAUAAUGAAGUCAAUGUCAAAAUAAUACAUUUGAAAAGAACUUAACAGUGUUUAAGCGUCAUGGUUGAUUUAGAUUAGUCAAUGUGUAGUGCUUUGUUCACAGUAGAACUGGGCUCAACUCACCGGCUAGUCAAGCUCCUGGGGUAGAAGUUUCAAGGAGUCAACUGCAUGUAAAAAAGACACUUGGAGGUGAAUAUUACCAAUCAACAUUUACGAAGUUGUAUACCAAAAUGUAUACUUUUCCAACAUGUUUCAUAACUUCUUGAAGCAAACCAGUGCUCAGUCUCUAUGUAAAAAAUGUCAACAUGUAUGGUCAAUGAUAUCUAUCAAACUUGUGCAAUUUAUUUUCUAAUCAAAGGUGCUUUUGUGUGCAUGUGUGCAAUCUGCAUUUGAAGUCAUCACACAAUGACCAUUCCUUAAAUUUAUCUAUGAAUAGAGGUUAUACUACCAGUAUUUUGCAACUAACUGCAAAGAAAAAAAAUAUACACCAAUCUGUGUUUUGUACUGGAAAUAGAAAAUCAUAAUCACAAUCUCUCUUUAAGCUACAUAGAAUGUGGAAAUCACAGAUUUAACAGCAAUAUACCGUGUGUGUCGUCGUCGAGAAUCGCAUCCCCCCAACCCCCUCUGCGUCUGUCCCUCGCUGUCCUUCCUGUCUGACGUGGUCCGAAACCCCCCCGUGAGAAAAAGUGGGUGACCAUUUCUCCUAAAGCAGACCCCGGUGUUCCCACAACCCCUUCCUGUUAGAGCUGACCAGAAACACCUGCUUUACCUCAACACAGCCUCUGUACAGCAGCUUAGUAGGAAUUAACUGUAAAAUAAUAGUAAAUAGAUUCUCUGAAUGUGUGAGGAAAAAUGCAUGCAAGGAAUUUGGGCUGGUUACCCACUGACUGUACAGCUGAGCUUAGACCAACUAUAAAUGUUCACUUUUAUGCAUCCAUUCAGAAAGAAACACCAAGUACUCAUUGGUUUUACUUUGUAAAUAUAAACUUUUUCUUUUUUUUUGGAAGAACCAACUGGUUCAAACAUGUAUUUUAUUCACUUUACUUUUUAUUUAUUUUCUUUUUUUUUGUAAUAGUGGAUGGAAAAGGACAUUGAUAUGCUGUUGGCCCUUAAGUAUCAUAGUAUUAUUGAGCAAAAGACAUGCCUGUUCAGUCUCUGGGAAGAAAACGAGGGCUUUAAAUACCAUAUUGCCUCCUCAGAUUUAACAAAUGUAGGACUGAUGCUGCCAACAGGGUUUCUGACAUUUGGUAAAGGUUGCAAAUGCACAGGAAUGCGAUACAAUCCCUGCAAAAACCAAACUUAUACGUUAAACUGUUGUGUGUGUGGUGUGCUCUCAUAUACAUUUCCUUGAACAUUUCUACAAACCAGAUUUGAGAAGUCAAUUUAACGCCUCUCUAAUGACUCCUGGACUCUGUGAAAUUCUCCUGUGCACAUUUGCUGUAAAAUUCUUCCCCCAGAACACCCUCACACUCUCUUAACGGGAUCACACUUCUCCCUUCUACUUGACCCUCUCUCUAAAGGAAUAGUUUGACAUUUUGGGAAAUACACUUAUUUGCUUUCUUGACAAAAAUUAGAUGAGUAGAGUGAUACCACUCUCAUGUCUGUAUGGAAGAUAUAAAGCUACACCUAACAGCUGAUUAGCUUAGCUUAGCACAAAACCUGGAAACAGGGGGAACACAGCUAGCCUUAACAUGUAAUGUCUCAUUUGUUUAAUCUGUACAAAAAGCAAAAUUGUGGUUUUACAGGGGUUAUGUGGCGAAGAGAGCUAGGCUAGCAGUUUCCAGUCUUUAUUAGCUAAGCUAACCAGCUACUGGCUGUAGUGGUAUCAAUCUCAGUAUCUAAAUCUCAACAAGAAAGCGAGUAUGUACAUUUUCCAAAAUUUUGAACAAUUGGUUUAUAACAGGUAAAAGUUCUUGAGUUUGGUCAAUUCUCUACCACUAUGGUCAAAUGCACAUACUGUAUGUGUGCACUUCACUAUCUAAAAUUCAAGACAUCAAACAUAUUUUUCCUUCUCCAAAGUUCCCUUGGUGUUUGUGUGAGAGCGUGAAAGAAAAAAAACGAAAAUGAGAAAAUCAAAAGGCAAACCGGUUAAGCACAUGAGCUUGGCGUUGACAGUGGUUUACUCGGGUAAGCAACCAUGAAAGUUGACCACUAAUGAACAUUCUUGCACUGUAAAUGUUUUAUUUUCUUGGUGUUAAUGUAAGAUUUAUUUAAGGUGUACAUAUAUACAGAUACAAAUUAACCAUAUAAUCUAUAUGUGUAAAAGAAAUAUGUCUCUUU